AGCCCCCAGAACUAAAAACUGGAAUCACAUCUACACACCUACACACGGGAGGGAGGAAACCCAAAAAAUAAGAACACCAACAUAGCGUUAGCCAGCUCCUACUAGCUACAUCAAUACGAUUAAGCACAACGCCAGAUCUACUCACCCAGAUCAACGAAAUCAACUUUGUUCCUUGCUUGACCUUAGUUUAUUUUAGUUCACUUUAACAGUGUCAACAUCAUUGGUGCCCAGGUAUUUUCAUGGUGACGAUCUCCUUUUGAAUUUAUUUUCAUUUCAUGGUUUACCGGGAAUCUUGUAUUUCUUAUCAUAUCAUCUCAUUCUCAUCUCUCUCUCAUCUCAUAUCAAAUUUCCAUCUUUUCCACACGAUAAAGCAUAUCGUUAUUGCCGCCGAAGUUCCUACCAAUUAAGUGCGCUUCGACAGAGUCAGUAUGGUUUCCCUAUGGGGUUCCAAGAAGGAUGGCGAUCAUGAUUCUGCUCCAGGAAGUGUGCAUUCUCGUGCCCAUUCUCAAAAUGGAGAUUCACAUGAACAUGUAGCUUCUCAUCAAUCGCCCCCUCAACCCCGUUACCUCCAUGAGGCUGACGAACGUACUCGUCUACUUCCACCCAGUCGUGAUGGUUUCUUGAGUCCCGAUGAUCCGGCUGUAAGCUCUUCCCCCUUCCAAUCAAAUCCGCCACAUAACCUGCGAUCGUUUCGCUCGGUGAAUUUAUCCUGACCUUAAGCUGAUAAUAUACGCACAUAGGUGUCUCCAUAUAACUUAUGGAGUGUACGAUUCCUACGAUACUUCACAGUUUUGUUCACCAUUAUCACUUUCCUUUGGUGGGUGCUACUACUGGUGUCGAUAUUCGUUUCCCCACCAGGAAUGCACUCAAGAGGCUCCGGCUUCUUCGAUUUCUCCUAUACUACCUUGACACUCGGAUUGUUACUCAUUGUACUUCUAUUCUUCUCGACCCCAUCCAAGGCGGCACAAGUAACAUGUCUCGUCAUUGCCGUGAUUCUACUAGUUGAUGCGAUAAUGAUUGCCGCUGUCCCACGUCUCCGUGUUGAGGAAGGAUGGGUUGGUAUUGCUAGUGUUCUUUGGGCUCUGCUCAUGUCCACAUGGACGAUUGUCACGGAUCGAGUCGUAGCAGCUGGCAAAGUGGAAGAGGAGGAGCGCUUGACUGGGCGCGCAGAGACUCGCCGUACACUCAGAGAAUGGUGUUCUGUCUUGACAUCUACAAUCAUUCUAAUAAUACUAGGACUCGUCACUAUUCUCCUAACUGCCACAUUGAUUUUGAGAGCUCGCGACGCUUCACUUGCGCCACCAGGGGAACGAUACUACGUCGAUGGUGACAAAUUCCAAAUCCAUGUCUUUUGCGAAGGCAACCUCACAGAUGCAAAGGGCAACAAGAAUCCAACAGUGCUAUUCGAAGCCGGUGAAGGACCCUUUGAACAUAGCAUGAUGCGGAUCGCAACAAAUGCUUACUCCAAUGGAAGCAUCAGCCGAUACUGUUAUUCUGAUCGACCUGGCAUUGCAUGGUCCGAUAAUGCGCCAUCUCCAUUCUCAGCUGGCAUGGCAGCGGACGUGCUCUCGGAAGCUCUAGCUCGUGCAGGUGAAGAAGGUCCUUGGAUUCUUGCUAGUGCAGGAGUGGGCAGUAUCUAUAGCCGUAUAUUUGCCUCCCGGCACGGUCGUGAAGUCGCAGGUCUUUUACUCAUCGAUCCCCUCCAUGAAGAUCUUCUCUAUCGUCUCGGAUCACCACAAAGAGGGUUUUUCCUCUGGGGUCGAGGUGUGCUCUCACCCCUCGGUUUAGAUCGUACAUUUGGCGCCAUUUUUAGCGGUCGCACACGAGAAGAUCGAGUAUUCGGACGUUCAGCUUACCAGGGUGGAAAAUACCUCAAAGCCAAACUCCAAGAAUCCCUCGUCGCUAAUUCUUUGACGAAGAACGAGAUUAGUAGCGCGAGAAACAUACAAUACGAUACUACGCCGCUUGUAGUGGUUAGCUCCGGUAUCGAGGUCAGAAGGAGUGACGAGUGGAAGAGGAAACAAGAAGAUCUUACUCAUUUGACGAAUAAUCUGAUUAGUUGGGAUGUGGUCAACAAGGCUCCUUCGGAGGUUUGGAGGACGCUCGAGGGACGAAAUGUUAUUGAAAAGAGGUUGAAAAAAUUGGUCAAAGAAGCUGCAGACUUUGACUUAAUGGAAGACACAAACUGAUGAUGAAUGUGAGGAUGCGUGAGCAAUGAGGAUUAUAAGGAUAAUACUUGUGAGAGCAUACGAGCGUGGACACGAAAAUGGGCUUGAUUGUGAACGUUUUUCUCGGUUGGCUCUUGAUGGUUGGUUGGUACAUUUGCAUUUCUAGUUUGGUGCUGGUUGGCCGGGUCGGAAGGAUCUUUCAUAUCAUUUUACGAUUGGUUUAGUUUACUUGUUUUAACUAGGUACUUAAUGUAUACCAUUCAUUU